AUUUCGCUUAGAGAGAGAGAAUGGACGACUCGGGAGCGAUCCUCUGCCAGAUCUCUUUCCUCAAGGAAAUGCUUGACCAGGUGAAUGAAGAAAUUGAGGCGAACAUUCAGAUUACGCGCGAGAUAGAAUCGGAGAUCGUGAAAUGCUCGGAGAUCGAGAGCGCUUUGGCUGCGAGAGAAUCGGAGCUAACAAAGACGCUUUACGUUUCGCAGUUUGAAAUCAAUGGAUUGGCCACCGUCACCGAUAAUUCAAGGACCUCACUGAAUAUCUUGGAGCAUGAGUUAUGUUGUCUAAGAAUGAAGCGGGAUCAGAUGCUGAAAAGAAUAAAUGACAAGCGGGAAGGAUUUACUACACUAUGCCUAGAAUUCCAGAGGGACAUUGACAAAGGAAAAAAUAAUGAAUUGGUGACGUUAUUGUCAGAGAAAGAGUUACUUGAAAAUGAAAACCAUCUCUUGGAUAAGAACAAUAAUGCUUUGAAGAAUUCAAUGUCGGCAUUUGUGGAAGAAAUUCUUGAAGAUCUUCAUAAUUCUAACGCUGCUUUACAAGUCGAGAUACAGACUGGGAAUGAGGAAAAUGAGAAAUUGGUCAAGGACAUUGAUGAUUUAAGGACAGCCUUAUUUUCAACUGCCAUGAUUGAUGAUGAUGAUCAUUGGAGCACGGCUGAAUGUGGAAGCGCUGGUAAUUGCAGUGGCGGACCUGGUUAUCUUCUAAUGCAUAGCCGAAAAUGAGUCUAGUUAUCUUCUCAAAGCCUUCAUAGGGUACUACUUGCGAUUGAACUUUGCAGUCAGUCGAUAAAUGAUGGUUACCCACUGCUCUAACAGGAUUUGGCGAAAAAUCAAAUUUAGUCCCAUGUCAUUUCAAUUUAAUUCUUGGGUUUUCAAUUUUGAUUAUUAAAUCCUUAGGUUUUUCUCUAAUUUCAAAUAGGUUCUUCCAUCAACUCAAUGUCCAAUUCAUUAACAAUAUAUCAUGUCAAAGCAAUCAAUUAAUAUUACUAGUUCUUAUUUGAUAUGUC